UCUGGGUGCUAACUUGUCACCAUAUAGCCUACAUCCACUGCCUACAUCACAUCAGAGAUGAAAGAAACUCUCCUCUCGUCUCCUGUCAAUGAAUGCGUUCGGGCGCGCGCACUUCCGCCGCCCCGCCCGCGAGAGACCGGAGCGUCUGAUCUUUGUCCUACGUAAGACAGUCGCUCCGCCUCGCUAUCCUAUCGGACCGUUUCUCUUAAUGCAUCCAUUUUUGUGCAUUCAAGAAAUCUCUUGGAGUUAGCGGCAACCAGGAGGAAAUCGAGGUAAAGGUGGCGGAAAGAAGACGCUGAUACGCGGAAUAAGGGAUCGCGGGCCCUGUAAUAGGACGAUACGCGAGAGCUCUCCAUAAGCAGCCAUGGGUUAGACUGCAUCUACCAUGAUUGCGAAAUAAAAGGCAAGCACUCGUUUUCUCCACACACAUUCGAGCAGAUGGCUAAUGACAGGCAUGGCUGGGAUGCCCUCAGAUGCCCAAAACUGAAAUCCCCCGCACCUGAAAAAUGUCUGCAAGGGGUGGCCCGGCCGCAUCCCCUGCGGCUCCCGCCCAACCGGACAUGCCGGACCUGAGCCACCUCACCGAGGAGGAGAGGAAGAUCAUCCUCUCGGUCAUGGACCGCCAGAAGAAAGAGGAGGAAAAGGAGCAGUCAAUGUUAAAGGAACCUCCUAAGGAAGACACAAAGCCUCAGCCAUCUCAGUGGAACCCAUUCAGUGGAAUCACUGAGUUGGUUAGUAAUGUGCUUCAAACCCAGACAAAGUCCCCCAGUGAGGAGGAGCCAAAGGCAAAGUUGCACCAACAGUUCGAGAUGUAUAAGGAUCAGGUGAAGAAGAUCGGGGAAGAAACCCAGAAGAAUCCUGAGCAGAAGAGCGACUCGCCCAUCUGUGGGAUCUGCCACAAAACCAAGUUUGCCGAUGGCUGCGGCCGUGUCUGUUCUUAUUGCCAAACAAAGUUCUGUGCCCGCUGCGGAGGACGUGUAUCACUUCGAUCCAACAAAGUUAUGUGGGUAUGCAACCUGUGCCGGAAACAACAAGAAAUCCUCACCAAGUCGGGAGCGUGGUUCUACAGUGGUUCUGAAGGGUCCAGAUCCGGGUCCCGGGCCAAAGUGAGGGGAGGACCAGUCCGAGCGAACCAGGACCCUCUCAGAAACGGCUCAGGGUACCCGACAGACAGAAAAAGAAGCCCAUCAGCAUCCAGGGAUCCAAACGCGGCAUAUAACCAAAGGGAGGGGGAAGGAGGAUUGCAGUAUGCCCCGGCUGAAGGUGGCAUGCCCCGCUCACCGUCCGACUACGGACGGGACCCUGGCCGAUCACCGAGGAGUUCAAGGAUGUACGACGAGGUGGGAGGAUAUCGAGACAGUCGAGGGCGCUGGCACUCGCAGGGCCAGCGUUUGGAUGGCCGGUUAGAUGACUAUGAACUCCAGAGGCGUCGUGAGGAGGAGUACCAGGCUCAAUAUCGCAGCGAUCCCAACUUGGCACGCUACCCGGUCAAACCCCAACCCUACGAGGAGCAGAUGCGCAUCCAUGCACAGGUAUCACGGGCUCGGCACGAACGGCGCCAUAGCGACGCCUCGCUUGCCUAUACGGAAUUCGACGAGCCUCUUCAUGGCCCUAGAGGUCGGCAGUCUCGGCUCCCUCUUUUGGGAGGCCCGAGUCAACGCUCGUACUCAAUGGACAGGAGCUCACCGGUACAUCGCACGUCCAAUCACAGCCCACCGACACCACAUCGUAGCCCGCUGCUGGGUGACAGUUGGCGUGGCAUUGGGGAUCCGUCGAGAAAACCUAUACCCCAGCAGCACCACUUGGAUCCUAGCUCAGCCAUGCGCAGGAACAAAAUGGAUAGCAUGCUACGAAACGACUCGCUAAGCUCGGACCAAUCAGAGUCGGUUCGACCUCCUCCGCCUAGACCCCACCGCAGCAGACGCAUUGGAAAGCUCAGGACCAUGGGUAUCUUCAGUAGCUCAGAGGAGGAGCUGGCCACCACGCCUGAGUACACCAGCUGUGAGGACGUGGAGCUGGAAAGUGAGUCCAUCAGUGAAAAAGGCCACAUUCAAAGGGGAAAAAGAAAAACAAUUGAGCAGACAUAUUUUUCGGACGCCAAUUAUGCCCCGUCCGAGAGGCAAAGGGCAGUGGUGCGAUUUUGGGACCGUUGCCACGAGGAGGACGCCGAGUGGUGCGAGCCCCAGGUGAAAGAUUCAGGGGUUGACACGUGCAGUAGCACCACGCUAAACGAGGAGCAUAGCCAUAGCGACAAGCACCCGGUGACAUGGCAACAGUCCAAAGAUGGAGAGCGCCUAAUAGGACGGAUAGUACUAAACAAACGGAUGAAAGAUGGCACAGUGCCCAGAGACACUGGCGCACUGCUUGGCCUUAAGGUGGUGGGGGGGAAGAUGACAGAGUCUGGGAGAUUGUGUGCUUUCAUCACAAAGGUGAAGAAAGGAAGUCUAGCAGAUACUGUCGGUCAUCUUCGACCAGGUGAUCAGGUUCUGGAGUGGAACGGCAGGGUUUUGCAAGGAGCCACAUUCAAGGAAGUUUACAAUAUUAUUCUAGAGUCCAAGCCGGAGCCUCAGGUGGAGCUGGUGGUCUCACGGCCGACUGGAGAUGUCCCUAGAAUACCCGAGAGCACACAUGGACAACUUGAAUCAAGUUCAAGUUCCUUUGAAUCCCAGAAAAUGGGCCCUUCUAUCUCCGUUACGUCCCCCAUGAGUCCUGGCAUGCUCCGGGACACCCCUCAGUAUCUGUCCGGACAGCUCUCAAGCCCAUGCCUUAGUAGAAGAACCACGCCUUUUGUCCCUAGGGUUCAGGUAAAACUGUGGUACGAUAAAGUGGGACAUCAACUCAUUGUUACAAUCCUGGGAGCCAAAGACCUGCCUGCACGGGAAGAUGGGCGGCCUAGGAACCCCUAUGUAAAAAUCUACUUCCUCCCUGACAGAAGCGACAAAAGCAAGAGAAGGACAAAAACAGUGAAGAAAUCCCUCGAGCCAAAGUGGAACCAGACGUUUAUGUACUCCCCAGUACACAGACGAGAGUUUAGAGAGCGUAUGCUGGAGAUCACGCUAUGGGACCAGGCCAGGGUGCGAGAGGAGGAGAGCGAGUUCCUCGGAGAGAUUCUGAUAGAGCUGGAGACGGCCCUGUUAGAUGAUCAGCCUCACUGGUAUAAGCUACAAACACACGACCUGUCUUCUAUGCCGCUGCCCAACCCAUCCCCUUACAUGCAGAGACGCCUUCUACACGGAGAAAGCCCAACACGCAGGUUACAAAACAAGGGGCCGUAUUAUUACAACUCAGGGUCUCAGAGAAUCAGUGACAGCGAGUUCUCUGAUUAUGACUGUGAAGACGGGAUCGGUGUUAUCUCAGAUUACCGACAUAAUGGCAGGGAUUUCCAGAGCUCAACGCUGUCUGUUCCUGAGCAGGUUAUGUCGUCCAAUCACUGUUCACGAUCUGACAUUAUUCGCACACGUUCACGGUCCCCCAGCGUUCCUCCACCACAGAGCCGAAGUUUAGAUCACGGUGUGAGAGGUGGACCAUCAAUCUACGCCCCCCGUCAUCGGCUGUCUGAGGACCGAUAUUCUCCAGACAGCCAAUAUCUUACCCUCCCUCCUCGAACCAGACACAGACCAAUCAUCGACCCCGCUAUCCAGGACCCCAGGUACAGCCGCAGUAUGGUGGACAGGCAUGACCAUUACAGGUCCAGGUCGGCCGACCAGCGGCCCAUGAUGGAACGUCCGGUCUACACCCGCUCCCGCUCGUCCGAGCGGCCCGACUCCGGCUACAUGCGAUCCAUGCCAUCCUUACCGUCAAGGAGAUCAGCCCCCCCCUCUCCCGCCCUAACGAGGGCAAACCCACGCACCGGAUCAGUCCAAACAAGUCCCACCAGUACGCCGGUGUCAGGUCGGAGAGGUCGGCAGUUACCGCAGAUCCCACCGAAGGGUUCCAUGGACAGAAUAGAUGGCGAGGGCAUGACUGAGCCUUAUGAAGCAGUGGGAGGGGCUUCACAAUCCCCAGCCCCGCCUCCUACACCUCCCCAAAUCACUCAAACAGUAUCUGCUCAAAUGGGAAUGGAGUCUCCUGUCCCUGGUGCUGCCACUGCACAUGCCACUUCCCAUGCCCCCAUUCCCCCUCCUGCCCCUGCUCCUCCUCUCACACAUGCCACUCCCCCUCCUGCUCCUCCCCCUGUUCCAACCCCUCCUACUCCCACAACAUCAUCAGCCCCACCUGCUGGCCAACAGGCUUCUGUGUCAGGUAUUUUGAAGGAUCCAUCAAGGCGAGGAACGGACAAUCUAUCCAUGAGAUCAUCGGACAGCGAUGUAAGCGACGUGUCCGCUAUGUCGAGUGCGUCUCGGCUUAGCAGCACGAGUUACAUGUCUGUCCAGUCAGAAAGAGCUCGGGCUAAUCGCAAAAUCAGUGAGUUUACAUCUAAAAUGAAACACAGGGCUCAAACAGCCACACCUGGUUCCAACAUCACCAAGAGUUCCAGCGUCGGUGGAGACAUGUGUUCACUGGGUAGAAAUGACGAUGAGGAUGACGACAAGAAGAGGCGCUCCAGUUUUGGGGCAAAGAUGGCCGCCAUGGUUGGACUUGGGAAGAAGAGCCAAAGUACCUCUCAGCUGGACCCAGAGGAGGAGGGUAAGAAGAAGAAGCCUGUGCGUCUGGCAAUCCAGCGGAGCGUGGAGACAGGUUUAGCAAUCGAAAUGAAGAACAGAAUGACCCGCCAGCCCAGUCGAGAGACCACAGACGAUGGUGAAAAGGCAAAACCUGGAAAUCUCAUCUUUCCUGGAGUGAAGCUUUCCUCAGACAGCCAGUUUACAGAGUUUUUGGAUGGUCUUGGCCCCGCCCAGCUGGCAGGGAGGCAGACAUUGGCCACACCCCCGAUGGGUGACAUCCAGAUUGGUAUGGUGCACAGGAAGGAGAGGCUGGACGUGGAAGUUAUUCGGGCUAGAGGCCUAGUGGGCAAACCAGGCAACAAACAGACGCCAGCACCCUAUGUAAAAGUGUACCUGUUAGACAAUGGGAAAUGUAUCAACAAAAAGAAAACCCGGACAGCAAGAAAAACACUGGAUCCUCUCUACCAACAGCAGCUUCAGUUUGAGGAGAAUCCCGAGGGAAAGGUUUUACAGAUUAUUGUUUGGGGGGACUAUGGGCGCAUGGACCACAAAUCUUUCAUGGGAGCAGCCCAGAUCUUAUUGGACGAUUUAGAGCUAACCAACAUGGUGAUAGGCUGGUACAAGCUCUUUCCUCCCACCUCUUUGGUGGACCCAACCUUGGCACCUUUAACUAGUAGACCUCCAGAAUCAGGCCUGGAGAGCUCCGGCGUUCGGUCAUAGCGGCACGAGCAGCUGAGCUGUAGAGAGCGGCGUGAGUAGCUCCAGCUACAGACAGAGAGAAAAGCGCCUCGACGGGUCACGUCCUGGUUACACUGCAUGCUUGAUGUUGUGUCCUCUGAGCCCGUACGACGAGAGGCUGCGAAAACGGCCUGCGUACUUCUGCCAAAAAAAAAUUAAAGAAGAUAAAGAAAACAGUAUGCUGCUGUCACACGCAGGGAAAUAAAGCCACAGGACGUCUCCGUUCUGCUAAAGAGAUGCAGCCAGCGGUACACGGCCGAGUUCUGACUCUUUACACGACGGAUGGAGGAGACCAUUAGGAGAGCUGGAACAGAAGGACGACACCCUUUCUACUUUGGCUGUUUCAUUCCAAGAGAUGUCAGUGUUUCUUACCUAAAACUUGUUGCAUUGUAGCCAUUACAGUGAGCCAAGCCCCAAAAAUAAGCUCUUGGCUAAGGAAAGAUGAUGUCCACCUGAGAAUGCAUAUUCUGAAUACUCAGACAAGCCAGAUCUCCAUGUGAUCUUUGCAGUUUGGUGAUGAGGAAAUGGAUUUGCCAGAUUUCGUGUUUGAUUCAGGACGACAGAAUUAUAAAAGAAAUGUAUGGACCUUUUCGUGCUCUGGUAUGAUGUUCUUUGUUGAUGUACUGUAUGAAAUUCCAUGAGAUUUUUUUUUUUUUCGUUUCUUUUUUUGCAUGGAUGCAAUUUGUUUUAAAACAAAAAAAACAAAACAAUGUUAUUUUCCUCAAGGCUGCAACUUGCAAAAAAAGAAUAAUAUAAAAGAAAAAUAUUUAAGGAUGAACAGAUCAGCCAUUUUCAACAUUUGUAUUAUUUUUAAUAUGAAGUUCUCUAGUGCAUGGUUUUCGAACAGACUGAAUGCAACAUGAUAAGAAGUGAUUGUCAUCCUUUAGACUAUUCUUCUGUAUUUUUACAGAUCUCAGAUACAGGUGUGGCCUGGGGAGACUUUGCUAUGUCAUAUUAUGAAAAAAGCAAUCGAGAAAACAAGAGAUGGUCGAGGAAACUCAAUAAAUGUACAAUAUUCAUUGCGAUGUAAAGGGCCCGAGCCUUAAAUGUAACAUUAUAUGAAAAUUGUACAUUUCCACCUUCGGAAGCAGCCAUGAUUGUGUACGUGUGGAGACAGAGAUGGGUCGGUUACACUAGCUGAAUGGCUCGUUCAUUUAAAGCAAGCAUGUCGAAAGGGUCUGCAACAUGGAUCGAGCACACUGUCUGAGUAAUACAGCAUGUUUUGAUAGAGACAUCUGGGAUUUUAUCGCAGUUUUGUGUACAGUGCAUGUGGACCAGAGGCUCGGCCAUGCCCCGAUCUGACGUCAUCCACGGAUUCAGGUCGAGGUUUCGCGGCUGACGGUUCAGACAUUCGAUGCAACAUUCCACCUCUUGGCACUCAUGUUUUCUUGACGUUUUGAAAAGGAAAAAAAAGAAAAUCAAACAGACAAAAGAAAAAAACAUGGGAAAAAGCAAAGAAGAAAAUUUAUAUUUAUUCAAGGUUUACUUGGAAAAAAUUGCAAGUAUAUUUUAUUUUAUUAUUGUUAUAAAGAAAAUGGUAUUAAAACGGAUCCCAUUGGAUGGUGCUGUACGUAGACUCUGAACUGUGGACUAGACGACAAUGAUCUCGCUUGUGUUGUUCAACACGAUUGACACUGGUUGUUGAAUCUGCUGAGUCACGCAGUUCGUGAAGAUGGGAAAAUUGCCACAAAAUAUGAAUUUUUAAUUGUUUCUUGUUUUGAAAGAAUAAAAUUCAUUUACUAA